AUGAAAUCUUUACUUUUUUUUAUAUUAACAAAUGACAUAUUGGGAUAUUCUAGGGGUAAAAAGAUGUUGAUGAAUAAGGUAGGUAAGGAUCUAUAUAAAAUAAAAGAAGAACAAGCCUUAAAGGAUAUGGUUUCAAACUCUCAAAAUCCGUUUGAGACUACAGGGGAUCUUUAUUCUGAUAAAGAUGUUAUUUCUGAAAUGGAAAAACUUAAAGGAGUUGUUGCUGUUUUGAAAGAUGAUAUUAGUGAAAUUAAAAAACAAUUAAAAAAUUGUUGUGGUGUUAAUAUGAGAAAUCCAAUUGAUGCUAUAAUGAGUCAAACUGGACCAAUUAACCCACAACAGUGUGAAGAGUUAAAGUCGAAAAUUAAUGAUCUUGAUAGUGAUUCUGAUAGUUCUGAUAGUUCAGAUUCAGAUUAUUUUUCAACUAAUGGAGCAAAUCCUUAUCAAUUUCAAAAUCAAAUGAUGUCACCUCAAUUUUCAUAUGACAGGAUAUCACCAAUGGGAAUGAUGCCUUCUCAACAAAAUAACAUGAUGCCUCCUCAACAAAAUAACAUGAUGUCUCCUCAACAAAGUUAUAUGAUGCCUCCUCAACAACAAAUGAAUAAUAAUUUCAAUAACAUGAAUCAACAAUCAAAUGUUAAUUGUUAA